AUGCCUAUUCUACGCAAUUCUCAAUCACCGAAUACUUCAAGUGAAUUAUCAUCUCCCAUUCUGGGAGAUGGGAAUAAAUUCAGAGGACGUUUACCAACAUCGACUAAUUUUUGUUAUCAUCAGCACGUUCAAAAACUUAACAACAGCAAACAAAAUAAAAGAAAACCUCAAGAAGACACAAUAAGCCAAAUUGCCACUGACAAUAAAAUGAACCAAUCAAGGGUUAAGCAAACUACUGAUGAUAAAAACAUUGUUAACACUGAAAAGAAUCUGAAUUGUAACAAUCAAGCAACAGAAACGCUUAUGAAUCAGACAGGUAAUAAAUAUCAUGUCUCUCAAACAGAUUCAUGUGAUGGAUUUGAUACUGAUGGUGCUAAUAAUACCAAUAUUCGUAAUGAUAAUAAUCAGGAUGAUUUGGGUCAGUUUGAUGCCAAUCAUGAUUUUAUCAAUAAUAAUCCACAAGAUAUCACUAAUAACAGUGAUCAUUGUUCAAUGAACUACAGAUUGGAUAAUCAUAAUUUGAGCCGAAUGGUAUACCCUUCUGAAUCUGAUCAUUUAUCAUCCCCAUUGAUUAAUAAUAGACAAAAUUCUCUGAUUAGAAAUAAUCAGUCAAGUGGAUUGAAAGGAAACUUAAAAAUGAAUAAAGUUGACGUCAAUGAUAUUCAUUAUAACACAGAUCAAUACUUGAAGAAACUAAAUGAUGUGAAAAUGUCGACAUUUAACCAAAAUCAUAGUCUUUUCGACAGGCUAAGUCCAUAUGACAACACUACCAUCAGCAGUCUUACUGGUAAUUACAAUACACCACUGGCUAAUCAAGUAAAUAUACAUUCUGUUGAAAUGUAUGCAAAUAAAAAUCUAUCAAAUGAUAGUCAUUUUUCUGGGUUGACUGAAAAGACCAAUAACGAUAAGAAAUCCUGUACAAUAAAUUCAGUGACAACAGAUAAUUUAUAA